AUGUCUAUCCUCAAGCUGGUCGAGGACAGGCCGACCCCCAAAGCCGUCUACAACUGGAAGGUCUACCUUCUGGCGGCUGUGGCGUCUUGUACCUCCUGCAUGAUCGGUUAUGACAGUGCCUUCAUUGGUACCACAUUGGCCUUGGACUCAUUCAAGGCCGAGUUCAACUUCGCCUCCAUGUCAUCCGAUGCCCAGAAUUUGCUUAGCGCGAACAUUGUCUCAUGUUACCAAGCUGGUGCCUUUUUCGGCGCCUUCUUCGGUUACCCACUUGGUCACUUCUGGGGUCGCAAGAUCGCUUUACUCAUCUCUGCUGUUGUCUUCAUUCUUGGAGCUGGUAUUAUGCUCGGCGCUAAUGGCGAUCGUGGCCUUGGCUUAAUCUAUGCCGGUCGAGUCUUGGCUGGUCUGGGUGUCGGAUCGGGCUCUAACAUCACCCCUAUCUACAUCUCCGAAUUAUCUCCUCCAGCUAUCCGUGGUAGACUGGUCGGUGUAUAUGAGCUUGGCUGGCAGAUCGGUGGCCUUGUUGGUUUCUGGAUCAAUUAUGGCGUCGACUCCACUAUGGCACCCAGUCACAAGCAAUGGAUCAUCCCCUUUGCCAUUCAGUUGAUCCCUGCAGGCAUGUUGUUGAUUGGCGGUGUCUUUAUUCGUGAAUCGCCUCGUUGGCUAUUCUUGCGUGGUCGUCGCGAGGAGGCCAUUAAGAAUUUGUGUUGGAUUCGCUCAUUGGAGGAGAGUGACAUCUACAUCAUUGAGGAGAUUGGGGCCAUCGACCAGGCAUUGGAAGAGCAGCGCUCGACUAUUGGCAUUGGCUUCUGGAAGCCUUUCAAGGCAGCUGGCUCCAACAAAAAAGUCAUGUAUCGCUUGUUCCUGGGAAGCAUGCUGUUCUUCUGGCAGAACGGAUCGGGCAUCAAUGCCAUCAACUACUAUUCCCCUACCGUUUUCAAGAGUAUCGGUGUCACCGGCACUAACACUAGUCUCUUCACCACCGGUAUCUUCGGUGUAGUGAAGACUGUCGUCACUUUUGUGUGGAUUCUAUACUUGAUUGACCGCGUUGGACGUCGUAACCUUCUAUUGAUUGGUGCCUUCGGUGGUUCUGUUUGUCUAUGGAUCGUCGGCGCGUACAUCAAGAUCGCGGCACCAGCGAAACACCCCAAGGCCCAUAUGGACAGUGGCGGUAUCGCAGCCAUGUUCUUCUUUUACCUGUGGACCGUCUUUUACACCCCAACUUGGAACGGUACCCCAUGGGUCCUCAACUCCGAAAUGUUUGACCCUAACAUGCGUUCCCUCGCCCAGGCUUGUGCGGCAGCAUCUAACUGGCUUUGGAACUUCCUCAUCUCCCGUUUCACCCCACAAAUGUUCUCUGCUAUGGGAUACGGCGUAUACUUCUUCUUCGCAUCGCUGAUGCUUUGCUCCAUCGUCUUUGUGUACUUCCUUAUUCCCGAGACCAAGGGUCUGCCCCUGGAAAGCAUGGACCAGCUAUUCGAGCACAAGCCUGUAUGGCGUGCACACGGUGAAAUGCUUGCUAAGCUCCGUGAGGACGAGCAACGUUUCCGCCACGAUAUUGAGGCGUCUGGGCUUGCUGCAAGCAAGGUUGGUGACCAGCAGAUCGAAGAUACCCAGGCUGAGCCCGCGAAGUAUGCUUGA